GAAACGUUUGCGGUUAGUAGUCUUACUGCCAACAUGUCGCUUUUUUUGUAACUUGAUCGAAAAUCGCUUUAAAUAAUCAUUGUUGGAAAUUGAAAAGGACUUGUUAAGGUUUUUAAAGGAAAAAUCGUACAAUCUCAUAUUUGCUUAUAAACUAACAAUUGCGUGACAGACUCCUUCUAAUCAUUCGGAUUUCACUUCCUAUUAUCGCUCAUUUGCGAGAAUGUUAUGAUUUUCCCGUCGUGUUGCAGUAAGUCGUCUCUGCGUGUUAUGCGAUAAAUGCUAUUAUUUUUCUUAUUUAGAUCUUCGGAAUAUAAUUUCAAGACUUAAUAGAACUACGUCAAUGUCGGAACGUCACAAGAAAGAUGACGAAAAUGUUGAUGAAUCUCCGAUUGAAGAGAUUCGGGAAGGCUUAUGCCAUCCUCGACCUAUGCUAUUCCUGAUUCUGUGGUAUUUCUUCUCAGCUUGCACUCUGUUUCUAAACAAGUACAUUCUAACAACACUAAAAGGGGAACCAUAUCUUCUAGGAACAGUUCAAAUGAUAAUGACAACCAGUUUAGGAUUUAUUCAAAUGUAUUUGCCAUUGGGGAUGUAUAAGCCAAUAAAACGACAGGGAAAACCUCCAAACUUUUGGAGGAAUAUGAUAAUUGUCGGAUCAACUAGGUUCAUAACCGUAUUAUUAGGUUUAGUUGCUCUUAAAUAUGUUGCCGUCAGUUUCACUGAAACUGUAAAGAGCUCAGCUCCCAUUUUUACCGUUAUGAUAUCAAGAUGUAUAUUGGGUGAAAGAACUGGAGUCUUUGUGCAACUAUCUCUCAUUCCUAUAAUGGGGGGAUUGGCUUUGUGCUCUGCAUAUGAGUUAUCAUUCAACAUUCAGGGCUUUUUUGCGGCUCUCGCAACCAAUCUGACAGAAUGCCUACAAAACGUUUAUUCAAAAAUGUUGAUUAGUGGUGAAAAAUUUAAAUAUACACCUGCAGAACUUCAAUUCUACACUUCUCUAGCAUCGAUAGUAGUACAAAUUCCCACAUGUGCUUUAAUCAUGGAUUGGGGUAGAGCAGAAGAUAGUCUAACCUACAAAAUGAUAAUUAGUUUAGUUUUAAACGGCAUUUUUUUUCAUUUCCAAUCUAUAACUGCUUAUGUUUUAAUGAGCUACAUAUCUCCCGUGACUCAUUCUGUUGCUAAUACCGUGAAACGAGCUUUUUUAAUCUGGCUCUCUAUUUUAAUUUUUGGAAAUUCUGUAACUUUCUUGUCGGGCUUGGGAACUGUCGUCGUUACUGUUGGUGUUCUUUUGUACAACAAAGCAAGAGACUAUGAUGCAAGAAGAAUGUCAGCCCUUCAACCGAGAUCUAUUUCUAUAGCAAGAAAAGAUGGUGACGUUAUACAAGCCUAAAUUAUUUCGCAAAUUAUCCUUUUUUUCAAUUUUCUUCUUUAAAAGAUAAACUUCAGAAGUUUAACUUAUUGUUUUAGGAUUUUAACAAAUUUAUUAUGACAAAAUAAUUACGUUUGUAUACACGUCAUGCAGAAAUAAGUCACUUUUCUUUGCGUCAUAGGAUUGCUAAAGAACCCAAAAUUUGAAAAGGAUCGUUGUGCUUUUCUCAUUGCUUCUAUUAAAACAAUAGUAAUUAUUUUAUCUUCUCUCACAAACCAUAAUACGCUUAGCAAUUGGUGACUUGAAAAUGAAAGCGAUAAUUUAACAGCUCGUGAUCAAGUUCAUUAACUAAGUGCCUUUAAAUAAUUAAUUUCACUUUUAAAUAUAUAAUGGAAUUCAUAAUAAUGCUUAAAAUUUUCAUCUAACAUUUAUAUAGUUGCAUUUGUUAUUGUUAAUGUCAUUAUGGGAUUAAAUAAGGUAAAAUCACCCAAAAUUCUGCUGUUUCAGUGAAGUUUUUUCUUUAGUAUGUUAUUCUUCUUGAAAUGUAAAAAAACUAUAUAUACUUCUAUAUUAUUUACAUUUUUCAUCAUAUUUAUUAAUUGAUCUAUUUAUAAAAAUA